AAUGACCGUCGCGACAUGAGGAAAUAGCAUUCAUUGGCAUUGGCGGGAAAAGACGGUACCAAGUCUCGUACGUGUCAAAAGAAGAUUUCAUCCAAAAUGGCUUAACAAGACGAGAUGAUGCCAACACAAGAUGCUGAGAGACAGGGGCAGGUUGCUGAUGGAGACUGUGCAGAGACUCAGGACCAAGCACUGGCCUUGAGGAGACCAGGCAAUCAGGACCAGACAACAGAUGAUGCACAUGCAUCACACCACUCUGGUCAUCCAUCAGUUGACAUAUCAGAGAAUCCACCAAGUACAUCACAGCAACCACCAACACCACAUGUGGCCUCAGGUGCACAAGAUUCCCCACAACGAACUGGAACCAUCGGAACCAUCGGCACAAUCAGUGGCAGUUACAAUCCUGUCAUUGUUGGUUCAAAUGCCGUUAAUAUUACUUACAACUUACAAGGUGGUGCCGGUGCACAUGCAUCACACCACUCUGGUCAUCCAUCAGUUGACAUAUCAGAGAAUCCACCAAGUACAUCACCUCAACCACCAACACGGCAUGUGGCCUCAGGUGCACAAGGAUGCAGCGCCCCCAAAAAGAUGAAGCUUGACAGUCCGGCCCAAGAUGCUGCUGAUUGUUGUGAAGGUGAACUGAAGUCCUACUACAGGGGGAAAGGUAGCUUUGUUAAGGUACUUCCAUGGGAGGGUGAUGACAGGAAACACAUUAUGGAAAUCUACACAAAGUUACAGUUGAUACUCGGUAAGGACAGAGUCAUGCUGACAUCAUAUGACAAUAUAUUACAACUUAAGACAAAAGAGGGAGAACUGAUCCUAAUAGCUGUUUUAACUGGGUUGGCUGGUAGAGGAAAGACCACACUGUUUGACAAAAUGGCAUAUGAUUGGGCAGUUGGUUCUAGUCAGGUACUACAGAAGUAUAAACUUGUCUUCCUGUUGAAAAUGCAUGCACUGGAGCAGAGUUCAGAUCUUGUUGAUGCAGUUUUUGACCAACUGUUGGCUAAAGAUACAAGUAUUGAAAGAGGUGCCCUGGAUAUGUUUAUCAAGAAGAGUCCUGGAAAAGUCCUUGUUUUACUAGAUGGCUUUGAUGAGCUCAUGACUACCUCCUUGUGUGAAUCCUCAUUUGGUUCCAUUCUGGAGAUCCUAAGUGGUAAGGUGUUGAGGGGUUGUACUGUACUUGUAAGCACCCGCCACUCACACAUUGACAUACUUGUAUCAGACAAACUGGUUCAGGAACCAUUCACACUUGUUGAGGUCAUGGGUUUCAGUCGGAAAGAUGUCACCGAGUAUGUUAAUAAAUUUUUCAAGGGUGAACCUGACAAGGCCAAGGGGCUUCGUAAAAAGAUUACAUCAUCAUCCCUUCUGUCUGACUUAGCUGCAAGUCCAAUGCUUCUUCUUUUGAUGUGUGUACUUUGGAAAGAAGACUGCACACUCCCAGAAACAAUGUCACGUCUGUAUUGUGAUGGAGUUUUAUACAUUUUCAAAAGAAAAGGAUUGGACUCAAAAGGUGAAGUACCAAAAGUUAUGAUUGAAAUUGGCAAGGUUGCGUUGCAUGGUCUUCUUUCUCCAGAUCAGUCACUCUCUUUCAAAGAAAGUGACUUUGAGCCAAGUGUGCUUGAGCUGGCUCUGAAGGCAGGUAUUCUGACCAGACAGAGAGUCCGCAAGAGACUACAGACUCACAACAGUUUUCAGUUUAUUCACAAGACAUUCCAGGAAUUCUCUGCUGCUGCUUACUUGCAAAGCUUGUUAGAAGCAGACCCAGAGGAGUUUCAGAAGAUUUUGAAUGAAAUUAUGUCAAAGGGUGCAAUAAGGUUUGAGUAUCUUUUGCAUUUUUGUUGUGGUGACAAUGAGGCAUGUACAUAUGAGAUUCUGAAGGUAUUUCAGGUGAGGUGUCAGAAGAAGUUGUCAUUCAAAUCAAAGAUGGGUCAGUUGGCGCUUCAUUGUUUCUUUGAAGGUCAAUCCAAACGUUUGCCUCCAGAGGAAUUCAUACAAUCAUUCAUAACAGAUGAAAUUCGCAUUCAUAGGCAUGACAGGCAUUGUCUGAACUCAGUCAUAUACUUUGUGAAAUGUGUUGCUGAACAGACAAAAGGCAGUGGCAACAAAUACCUUGCUAAGGUACGCAAAUUAUAUGUACACUUUUGCAAAUGGACAUGGUUUAUUGAGGAGUUGGGUGUUACCAUGUGUGCAAUGACAAAUCUUAAUGCUGUAGAUUUCAGGGAUGUUGAAGAUAUUGCUAAGUUGCUCAAGGAUCUACCCAACUUGGUACGUGAACUGAAUCUUUCCGGUAAUAACCUGGGUGGUACAGCAGCAUUGUGGUGCAUGCAUUUACAACAGUUCAAGUCCCUCACAAAGCUGGGCUUGGGUAUCUGCUCACUGAAUGGACAGGACAUCAAACAUGUUGCUGAGUCACUCAGGGAUCUUCCCAACUUGUUUGAAUUGAAUCUUUUUGGUAAUAAGCUGGGUGGUACAGCAGUAUUGUGGUGCACUGAUUUAAAACAGUUGAAGUCCCUAACAAAGCUGGCCUUGCAUGACUGUUCAUUGAAUGGACAGGAUAUCAAACAUUUUGAUCUACCCAACUUGGUUGAAUUGAGUCUUUCUGGUAAUAACCUUGGUGAUGAUACAGCAGCAAUAUGGUGCAUGCAGAUAAAGCAGUUGAAGUCCCUCACAAAGCUGAAGUUGGUUAACUGCUCAUUGAAUGGUCAGGACAUCAAACAUAUUGCUGAGUCACUCAGGGAUCUACCCAACUUGGUUGAAUUGGAUCUUUCUCAUAAUGACCUGGGUGGUACAACAGCAUUAUGGUGCAUGCAUUUGAAGCAGUUCAAAUCUCUCACAAAGCUGGACUUGCGUGGCUGCUCAUUGAAUGGACAGGACAUCAAACAAGUUGCUCAGUUACUCAGGGAUCUACCAGUACCCAACUUGGUUGAAUUGGAUCUUUCUGGUAAUAACCUGGGUGGUACAGCAGCAUUAUGGUGCAUGGAGAUAAAGCAGUUGAAGUCCCUCACAAAACUGGUCUUGAAUAGCUGCUCAUUGAAGGGACAGGACAUCAAACAUGUUGCUGAGUCCCUGAGGGAUCUACCCAACUUGGUUGAAUUGAAUCUUUCUCAUAACGACCUGGGUGGUACAGCAGCAUUGUGGUGCAUGGAGGUAAAGCAGCUGCUGCACCUGAGGCUGAACCUCGGAUACUGUAACCUAACAAAACAAGACAAGAAACAUUUAUUAAAAAGUAAAUGAGUGACCUGAAGAAGAAUAGAUAGUCAUUGACAUCCUAUCUUAAUAGAUCCUAUGCUGUCUGUCUGUCUGUCCAGAAAGUGACCUUAAAUUAUGAUUAAGGUAUUAAGUGUUGUGAAGGAAUGCAUGUAAUUUUAUCUGCCUGUUCUUUGCACAAUCGAAAUAAUGCAAAAGUUAUUAUAUGAAUAAUAAGUUUUGUCAUUGCUUUGGUUGUGAAUGAAGUUUGUGGUCAAAGAGUUUUUUGGGUUUUUUUUUUCGUUACGAAGUUUGAAGCAAAAAUUGUAACAGCAGUUAUUUGAGUUAACAGAGAUUUCCUCAGUGUGGCUCCUUCAUUGGAACCUUUCAGAAAUUCUCAAAGAUCUUUCUAUUAAUUAAGCUGCACAUCACAGCACAUUGACAGCUAAAGACGUGAAGCAUAGACACUGUAGGCGUGGCACUGAUGGGUAUGUAGGACUUCUGCCUCAAUUGAUCAGAUUGCUGAAUCUUUUCUUCAUUAUACACAAGACAUAGUGACUCAGCAACAUCAUGCAAGUCCAGUACACUUCUAUCAGUCAACUGUGUUAUCUGUGUUGUCACCCAUUACAAAGCUGGAAAGGUUACUAUCUGGUUGUAAGAUUCUGUUCAGCAAUCUGCGAUUGUUGUCUUGUGAAGCCGUCUAUAUUAUUUGUGAAGGCUUGUUUUCUUUCACGUCUGAGUGGUUCCUACACUUUCUGUUUCCCCUCUUGGGGGGAGGGGGACUGGAGUUCCAACCAUCUACCACCCUCUGACUUAACACAUUCUGUUGUAAAGUCACCAGCUGUGAGGGGAUCUUUCAUUGACAUUUUCAUUUGAGUGUUUAUUACACUUUGUGUUUUCCUGCCUAUCAGCUGUGAGUGUAUCUUUCCUUGAACAUGCCUCUGUCUAUCUCUGCUGGUUUGUGUUUCCCUGGGGGAGUGAGUCCCAGUCAUCUACCACCCUCUGACUGACACAUUCUGCCUAUCAGCUGUGAGGGGAUCUUUCCUUGAACAUGCCUCUGUCUGUCUCUGCUGGUUUGUGUUUCCCUGGGGGAGUGAGUCCCAGUCAUCUACCACCCUCUGUCUGAACACAUUCUGCUUAUCAGCUGUGAGGGGAUCUUUCCUUGAACGUGCCUCUGUCUAUCUCUGCUGGUUUGUGUUUCUCCUAAGGGAGUGAGUCCCAGUCAUCUACCACCCUCUGUCCGACCACAUUGCGCCUAUCAGCUCCACAUGUGUCUCUCUGUUUCUGCUGCUGUGUUUCUUUCCUGUACUGCCUCUCAUACAUUUGAAGAUCUUGUACUGACUCCGAGCCAAUUCAAUCACCCUCAUCAACUGAAAGUCAACAUUCCUUUGUCCCCUUAAUGUCUCCCUGGCCCAUACAGAAAGUCCCUUGGCCUUGUCAGGUUUGAACCCUUAGCUGCAUCAACUGACUUGAACUGUCUGCUCAGAUUAAUCAUUACAGUCAAAUUUGGACCUUCCCACAUUGAUGGGGAAAUAUCCAGCACAAAGUGCUGGUUAGUGGUGACAUUUUGUGAGUCUCAUUGUCAAGUUCUGCGAAAACACUUCUAAAGAUCUGCCCAAGCAAAUGAUUUCUGUAUUGGAUAGUUUAACUGCACCUUGCACAUUGUACAGAUGUAACAGUUGUAAUUACAUGUAGUGUGGUCAUUACUCUAAAAUAUGAUGAUUGGGGAUAACAUGUACAUGUAGAAAUACAACCAGCCAUUCUCAUUAACUGUAAUAAUUGUACAUUACAUGAUAAAUUGUUUGUAAAUAUGCAGAGGUAAUUUAUAUUUUUAUAUUUUUGCUAUUUUUGUAUCAAUUGUUAAAUGAAUAUUGCUGCAAAUUGCCUACUGACCUGAUUGACCUGCAGUGUACAAUCAUUUCUGUAAAAAUGUCUGAAAUACCUGUGUUUGUAAGUACAUUGUAUUAAAAUUCGUCGUCUGUUUCGCAAAUGCACUUUUCUUAUGAGUUUUACUGUGCUGAACAUUAUUUAAUAAUUUGUAAUGUAUGCAGGGCCCCAAUGGAAGUUUUUUACAACUGUUUGGGCACACCCUGGGUAUAAAGAAAUGGAACAAAUAAAUAAAAGAAAUCAAGUGAGAUGGCUUGACUUUUCAAUCCUAGUAGGGUCUGUCUCAAAUGCAAACAAAACUAUGUGAAUAUUUGAUAUUGCUCAUCUGAAGAUUGGGCAAAGUGAGCCAGAUUGUUCUAUUUUUAUAACUUCUAUUUUGUAUUAAUAUGUAUAGUCUGAUGUACAUUUUACAGCAGCCAACUUCCCUUGUUUUUGUACCAAGUCAUAAGAAUCAUGAAACUUGCCAUCAUUGGAUCCAGUACAACCCAGAUUUGUUAUCUUUUUAAUAUCAAUAUCUUUUUAAUUGUAUAGUGUUUACAAUGGGUCAGAUGUUUGUUAUUUCCAGAUGAAUGUUGCCUUUAUUAUGCACUGAAUGCCCGCAUCAUUAGCGUAAUGCUGACAUAGCAGGCUGACAUAGUCUAGUGUGGGGUUUUUCUCUUUGUCUUGUGUCACUAACAAUUGAGCAAAGGGUUUGAGUUAAUGAUACACAAGGUUUUCAAGCAAAUCAAUAGAAUUCUUUUCUCAGUCAUUUUUGGCUGUCAGUGUAAAUCUCUGACUUUAGAAAAGGCUACACCAAGUUAGGACACAACAUACAUGUACAUGUAUGUGAAAUUGUCUCAUGUAUUAUUGUAAGUUUUCUGUCAUAUAUUCCGCAUGAGACAGCCAUCACGGAUUUGAUCCAAUCUUUCAAAAUGAGGAUUGCAUUGCUGCUUUGUUUUAGUUGUCACACUUUGAAUAUUCAUAAAGGUUUGGAAAUGAUAACUCAAAGGAUCCUGAUGUUUGGCAGUAUAAUAUUGUUUUAUUUCUAAAGGUUGUUUGUUACUUCCUUGCUGCAAUACUCCAGAAAGAUUUUUAGUGGUAAUUUUCCUUCAUCUCAAAAGACAGUACUGAAACCUCCUCCUUAACUUACUUUGUAUUUAUAGAUAAGUUUCCAGUGAAAGUAAAGCUUCAUGAUUAUUCCUGGUAUGAAGUUAUAAAAAAAUUCAAAAUACAUUUUUGUUCUUACAUCAUGUAUUUUGGUUUUUGAACUAAGCUUACAUCUUUUAAGUUGCAUCUAAAAUUGAUGGGAUUGUUGUUGUAUGCCGAUGUAGUUAAAUAAAGACUCUUUGUAACUGAU